AUGUGCGCUGAUGCCCCCGUUUGUCGAAACUCACCCAGAGAUUACAGCAACCCCAGGCCGUUUGCACGAAGAGGUGGAAUAGCCAAGCGCGGAGAAGGCAGUCUAUCCACAACACCUGGCUAUUAUGAGAAAGAACUCAGAGCCUUUUACUACCGAACCAAAGCAUCGCAUGCAGCCAACAUAGAAACCGACACCGACACAUACCCUCCAUCACCGCCACUAUCGCCGAAGACCACAGUAACGCCGCUCAAGGUGCGAAGAACACAACGUGUUGAACGCAAACGCGACCAUCCUUAUCAACAACCUCCAUCGAACCGCAGGCCAAGCUGGCGCCCGAAUCUCAAACAAGAGCUUUUACGCCGUAGCUCGAUCGACUCUAUCGUAGACCCUUUCAACGACGUAGGAUGGUUUGAGACAGACUGUCAAGUGUCGGCAACACAAAAGAGAUGCGGCACUGUUUCAUUAUCAAAUCAUGGCGAUGUCGAAAUGCCGAAGUCGCGACGGCAUUCAACGCUACUACAUCCGUCAUCGCCGGAUACUGAGCCCGCCGGCAGUGUUAAUUCUUUCGAUGCUCCUUCGACCUCCAACUCAGUUAUGGCUUCGAGGAAAGGCUCGUCAUUGUUGCAUCCAUCCAGUCCUGCCAGCGACAUUCCUUUGGGUGUUGAGCUAAAAACUGUCAUGUGUUUACCCCAAAAGUCCCUAUGGGGAGAAGGCCGAGCACAUUGA